AUGUCAAACACCACAAAUUGCACUUCUCGAUACCAAGAGUCGGCUAAUUUCAGUUCAGAUGAUUGUGGCAGAGAACACCAGGUUUCCUUCCUCAGUGCAGUUGAUUUCUCUACAUCAGUCAUCAUUGCUGUUUUAUCACCAUCGGCUGUGGUUGGGAAUGCCUUGAUUUUGGCCACCAUUUGGAAAAGAACUUUUACCAGGACUUCUUUCCACGUCUUUUUAAGUGGAUUGGCGUUAACUGACUUUUUAACAGGACUUCUUGCCCAACCUUUUUUCGCUGCGUCGCUUCUAACAAACUCGAUAAACAUUCGCACAAUUGGCGAGAGCAGCAGUGCAUACUUAAUUUCCAUAACUCUUAUUGUCAUAACGUUGAUGUCCAUUGAACGAUGGCUAUAUAUGUCUCAAACAUCAUUUAGUGCAUCACGUCGUAGAUAUUUCUUCCUUAUCAUGAUGUUUUUUCUCCCAAUUCCAGCAACUGUUAUUUGCGUGUUAGCUAACCAUAAAGAUCCGGCGUAUGAAUAUGUGUUUGCCGUAACAACAGCCGUUGAGAUGUCGUGUUGUUAUCUUAUGACAUUAUUCAGCUAUUUCAAAGUUUACCGUAUUUUACGCCUUCACCAACAACAAAUUCGUGCCCAUUGGACGUCUCAGAACUUUGGUCAACCCACCAUAGACUUUUCAAAGAACAAGAAAUCUGUGGCCACCAUGGUGUACAUUUUGUUAUUGUUUUCUGUCUGUUUCAUUCCUUACAUUGUUGCAGCUCCCCUGAAAUUUACUCCUGAUUCCAAAUAUGAAGAAAGAGCCUACACUGCUGAGAAAGUGUCAUUGGUGCUUGUAUUCUUUUCUUCGACACUCAACCCAGGGCUGUAUGUUUGGAGGAUGAGAGAUGUCCUUACUGGCCUUAAGCGAAUGUUGGGCAGAAGUAAUUAA